UGUAUGUUUUAAUUGUUAUGUGAAGGGGUUUGAUAAUGCAUCCCUUUUUCUUUUAGUUAAUAAAAAAGAAUGCACAUGCUGAUGUGACUCUUUACAAGAAAAAAGAAAUAAAAACAAAUCAUAUGCUGUCUCAUUUCCAACCUCCUUUCCAUCUCUCAAACCCUCUUGUUUUCUUCAACUUCAAUUUCACCAAAAGCUGAAGAUUCCUUAGAAUAAGGUGCGGUGCCCCCAUUGAUUUGAUGUUGGAAUUGAAUUUGUUCUUUUAUUGAAUUUAAGGUUUGUAGAUGUCAAAAUUUUCAUAUCUGUCUAGCUAAUCCAUGGGGGAGAAAAGGGAGAUAAUUUUAGCACUCUAGAAGAUCAUAAAGAGACAGAUGGAAAGAAUCUGGGCUGUCAAGGCUGAAGGAUCAUGUCCUGCCAGUCUCGAAUCCUUUGAUUGCUCCAACCCCCACAAGGGGACAGAACCUGUUCUGGCAAGCUGUCCAUCAAUGCAAGCAUCCCAGCAACACAGAAGCUCAGUCAUGGCUAGCAGAUUGUACCGUCAAAUAAAGCAAGAAGUCGAGCCUGAGCCCUACUGGUUCCCUCAACUCCCACCUAUUGACCCCUCUCUCUGCUAUAGUGACAGUAGCCACGAAUUCCACUUCACUGUUGAGAGUUCCAAUGAAAAUUUUUGCACUUUGGAGUCAUCCUCUGCAAAUGGCAGUUAUAAUGCCUACAACUCUACAUCACUUGUCGGUUUCUCACCAAAUGGAAGCCCAACGUCACAGCAAGAUUCUCAGUCAUAUCCAUCCGACUUGCAUCACUCUCCUGACAAUAAUGGUGGCUCUCCUAUUAGUGGUUCCUGCGUAACCGAUGAUGUAAGUGAUUUGAGGGAUAAGCUGAAAGAGCUGGAAACUGUGAUGUUGGGCCCUGAUUCUGAUGUUAUUGACAGUAAGACCUCACCAGAGAUGGGCACAUGGAGACUUGUAACAGAUGCAAUCUCCAGAGGGGACUUAAAACAGGUCCUUGUCUUUUGUGCAAAAGCCAUGUCAGAUAAUGAUCUCUUGAUGGCACAGUGGUUAAUGGAUGAAUUACGCCGAAUGGUGUCGGUUUCUGGGGAGCCAAUCCAGAGGUUGGGAGCCUACAUGUUGGAAGGGCUAGUGGCACGACUAGCCUCAUCAGGGAGCUCAAUCUAUAAGGCUUUGCGAUGCAAAGAACCAAAGAGUGCUGACCUAUUAUCUUACAUGCACAUUCUUUAUGAGGUUUGCCCCUACUUAAAGUUUGGCUACAUGUCUGCAAAUGGAGCCAUUGCAGAGGCCAUGAAAGAUGAAGAUAGAGUUCAUAUUAUCGAUUUCCAAAUAGCUCAGGGGAGUCAGUGGAUCACUCUCAUCCAAGCAUUUGCAGCUAGGCCUGGUGGACCACCCUAUAUCCGAAUAACUGGUAUUGAUGAUUCCACAUCUGCAUAUGCCCGUGGAGGAGGCCUAAACAUUGUGGGAAAGAGGCUGUCUAAGCUUGCAAGGUAUUUUAAAGUGCCAUUUGAAUUCCAUGCUGCCGCCAUGUCUGGUUGCGAAGUCCAGCGGGAACACCUUCAAGUUCGACCAGGAGAGGCUCUAGCUGUAAAUUUUGCUUUCAUGCUUCACCACAUGCCUGAUGAGAGUGUCAGCACUGAGAAUCAUCGUGACCGACUCUUGAGGCUAGUUAAGAGCCUGUCUCCAAAGGUUGUAACCCUUGUGGAACAGGAAUCUAACACAAAUACUGCUCCAUUCUUCGCAAGGUUCCUGGAGACACUAAACUAUUACACAGCCAUGUUUGAAUCAAUUGAUGUGACUCUCCCCCGGGAACAUAAAGAGCGGAUCGAUGUUGAGCAGCAAUGCCUGGCAAGGGAUGUCGUUAACAUCAUAGCUUGUGAGGGGGCUGAGAGAGUUGAACGACAUGAACUCUUGGGGAAGUGGAGGUCAAGGUUCAGAAUGGCAGGGUUCACUCCUUAUCCUCUAAGCUCCUUGGUUAAUGCCACCAUAAAAACCCUACUUGAGAACUACUGCGAUAGAUAUAGGCUUGAAGAGAGAGAUGGGGCUCUGUACCUUGGUUGGAUGAAUAGGGAUUUGGUUGCUUCCUGCGCAUGGAAGUGAUUUACAUUUUUGUCCUUUUACUCUCUUUAGUAUUGUCCUCGCACAUUUGAGAACAGGGGACUUGAACUGAGGGCCUCUUAGUACCCUGUUCUUGUACCAUUAAUCAAGGCCUCUGGCAUGCAUGGAAGUGACAAUGAUGCUUCUAUUGUUAGUGUUAAUUUUAGGAGACUGGGCACUACCUUUGGUGCAAAGUCCUCUUUCUCUUAGCUGCCGGGUUUCUUUUUAACCAUGUACUUCUUAUAAAUCACGGGUUAUCCACCUUUGCAGUCA